GCAUGUCGGCUGUGAGAAGAUGAGGCAAGAUGGCGACUAAAAUAAUCAAAGAGAGUGCUCCUCCCUUUGAUUGUCCAUCAUGGGCAGGAAAGCCACCCCAGGGACUCCAUCUAGACGUGAUGAAGGGAGACAAAUUAAUGGAGAAACUGAUCAUAGACGAAAAGAAGUAUUACUUGUUUGGGAGAAACCCCGACUGGUGCGACUUCACCAUCGACCAUCAGUCGUGCUCGCGUGUCCACGCUGCCCUGAUCUACCACAAACACCUGAAAAGGGUCUUUCUCAUUGACCUCAACAGCACACACGGUACCUACCUUGGACACAUCCGUCUGGAGGGACAAAAGCCUCAGCAAGUUCCCAUAGACUCGACGAUAUCUUUUGGGGCGUCAACAAGAACCUACACCAUCAGAGAGAAACCCCAAACCCAGGGCACCGCCGGCACAGGAGACAGUAAGACCGGAGAGGAUGAGGAGCUGAAAGGACUGCUAGGGCUUCCUGAGGAAGAGACAGAGCUGGAGAACCUGACGGAGUUCAACACGGCACACAACAAGCGCAUCUCCCUACUGACCAUCGAGGAGGGCAAUCUGGAAAUCCAGAGACCUAAGAGGAAACGGAGAAACUCCAGGGUCACCUUCAACGAGGACGACUCCAUCAUCAACCCAGAGGACAUAGACCCCUCGGUGGGACGGUUUAGAAACAUGGUGCAGACUGCUGUCAUCCCGAUCAAGAAACGCAGAUCAGAGGGCCAUAACACGCUGGGUCUCGAUGACAUGACUUCAAAGCGCAUCCACAGCUACAACUUGGGCAGUGGUCUCUACGGGGACUUGCCGCCCACCAGUCAUGAGAACCAGCCGACAGGAGCUCCAGGAGGGGCUUCUAUGCAGGGAGGGCUUCCUCUGCCCUUCCCUAACCCAGCACCAGAGGUGGACCUGGACCCAGAAGCCCACCAGCCUCCUAUCACACUCAACCCCACCCCCGUCAUAGCCCCCUACCUUCCAGAGACCCACAACGAGCCACGCAAAAAGAAGUAUGCCAAAGAAGCUUGGCCCGGGAAAAAACCCACCCCUUCACUACUCAUCUAACGGGUCUGUUGAAGUUCCCAGCAGAUACAUCACGGACUGUGACCUGGCUGAGAUGGAGUCGUUCAUUCUCAAUCUCCUUUUUUUAAUGUGUUACUCCUUGUCAUCGAAAAAAGGAUGAACACAAUGUCCUUGUGGUCUGUCAUAAGAUAUCUACUGUACGUCACCGAGGCAGCAGUUGGUCAGAAAAUGGCAAAGGCUUGUUGAUUGUGAACACAAUUGACGUACAUUUACAUGGCGUAGCAUGUGAGUCUCGGAGUGACACAUGUCGGCCUGUGAGUGACGGCUACCUGGGUGGGAUGGAUGAUGCCGAGUUAUGUUUUGGAUGUAACGUUGGAAUUUUUUUACUUAACAUGUUUCAGAUUUUCUUUUCACUCCCAUGUUUUGAUAAUGCUGUUAAACAAAUGGCACAUGUACUUUUUAUAUAAAAUAUUUGACUGAGAAGUCAGAGAAUCCAGACAUGAAGUCAGUUUCACAACACAGGGCUGCUUUUUAUUUGGAAAACCUAAUGAUUCAAUGUGAAACAUUUUCAAUACAUGUAUUAGACCGUUAUUAUUAUCAUCACAACUGUGUUAUGUAUUUGUCACAUUAGCCACUAGAUGGCGACUUGUGGACAAUGGUCGAGUUUUCAGUCCAGUUUAGUUGCAGUCUAUGGCCUGUUGCACUAACUUUAACCGUUGGCCAAUACUUGGUAUCCCAUUCAAGUAGUGCUUUUCCAGUAUAAUGAGUUGAAAAUGGUUUUCCUCCGCAUACUAUACCUACAAGGAUUUGACAGUUUAUAUGUUGGCAAUUCAUUGGAUUGACGCUACGUAGUAACAGAGUGUUUAAGAGUUGAAAUGGCAGCACAGUAACAAAAACAAACUUUGCUGUACAAUCAAAAAAGGUAGUAAAAACAAAACCGAUUUAAUACGUUUUAAUGUUAAUUUAGUGUGUUGAUAUUUUUCAAAUCAAACAGUGUGGUGCAUUUGAACCUUAACUGACAAUGAGACAUAGUAACAGCCUUUGCACAGUAGCAGAACAUCUGAGUGUCCACCUGGUGAACACUGUCAUCCCAUGAAAUGGUGUCCUUACUUCUGGGGUUUUCAUUCAAAGCUUGACCGUACGGACAGGAAAUGAAGGGAAGGAGAGGGGGAAGUGCCCUGGAGCAGAAGUCCUUAUCACAGGGGAACAUUAAACCAUAAGCUAUCUAUCUUGCUGUAAACAAAUGGGUGAGUUGUUGUUUAAAAAACGAGCCUUAGUUGAUGGAAAUAUCACAUGGCCUUAAUGUUUUAUAGGAAGCUCAAGUGGCCAUUUCAUGGGAUCUUUUCGAAAGAUUGGAGAUAUGAUAAAUCAACAAUAAACGAGGUGUUUCACGUUUACAAACUGUGCUGGUGACUAAAUGUCCUUGUAGGAGUGUGGAUUUUGUAAUCAUAUGACUGUAAAUAAAAAAUGAAUUACUUUUGAA